UUUUUGGCGGUGCACCCGAAAAGGUCGAAGGAAAAUUAGACGACGGCAUUUAUAUUCUUGACACAGCUUCUAGAACUUGGAGUAAACAUGUUGCAAACGGUAAUCCUCCUAACGGCCUGAUUGGACAUACUGCCACAAUUAUCGGAUCGGUUAUUUAUAUGUUUGGAGGACAAAAGUUUGGAUCGUAUUCUAAUGAUUUUGUUAGCCUUGAUCUGAAGGCUCUAAAGUUGCAAAAAAAGAAGGGCAAAUUCGGUAAAUUUUCUCUGGGACGAAAUCGAGAAAACUCCGCGGGACUUUGUUGGAAUGUUGUCGAUGCCAUAAAUGAAGGACCACCGGCUCGAAGGACAAGGACUUGGACAAAUUUGUCAUGCAUCGGAUAUUUUCCUGUCCCGAGGGAGAGGCAUUCGGCCGUAAUUGUUGAUGAAGUUAUAUACAUUUUUGGCGGGAUAACCCAGGAGGGUGAAGAGUUGGAUGAUUUGGUAGCAUUUAGGAUCACCAAUCAAAGAUGGUACAGGUUUCCGCAAAUGGGCCCAUCUCCUAGUGCCAGAUAUGGAUUGUCUAUGUCUGUGGUGGAUGAAAAAAUUUUUAUAUUCGGCGGAGAUUCCAAGAAAUUACCAAAGCCUGAUUCAGAAGGAGACAUUCAUGUAUUGGAUACAUCAAAAAUUAAAUUCCCGCCUGGCACUCUGCCCGGUAUGCCAAUGCUGACACGACGAGACUCUUAUUCGCAGAGACGGUCGAUGGAUUCGUCGAGGUCAGAAAAUGAAUCUUCCACGGUACCUAAAAUUUUAGUAGUGGCACCACAAGAAUCGGAAGAUAGUAGCGAACAGCCUACAACCUCGCAUGCACAACCAACUCCUGAAUUUCGUGUCAAGACGAAACCCAAUCUUGUAAUUGUGGUGCCACCAAUUGGUGACUUCAACAAACAUAUGCCCACAGAUCAGAACCUUCAUCGAGAUCCGCCGAUAGAUUCCGACCAAGAUGAUGAAGGAAAGAAUAUGGUCGAGCAAGACGUGGAAAAUCAAUCACCGUCCUUUGAAUUACAAGAUGUGGAGGUUUCUACGGGUAAUCAUCAAGAUUUAUCUUUCGUGAACGAGAGUAAUAUGCCAACAUCAGGAUUACAAAUAAACGACCCUGUGGUAAUACCGUAUCCGCCAGAAGUGGAAUCUGUUAGUGCCGAUUUCUCGGAGUUGGAAAUUAUGCCGAGAGAUAGGAAAACUCGAUUAGACACGAUAAAUGAAGAUGUAGAAGAAGAUUCAGAGCAAUGCAACACCGAAUAUGAUUCGGAUUCAGUGUACGACAAUUCGGAAGAAAAUUCUGAGCAUGAGAACUCUGAAGACGACAUGGGGGUUCGUGUUGAGGAUUUGAAUAUGCAAUCAAAUUCAGUGGAAGUUGAUCAUGUAGAUGUGCCUGUUCAGGACAAUAAUAGCGAGGAGAUUGAUGAAGAACCCAAUAGUGACCAUCGAAGUUCACCAUUACAACUUCAUCGUGGCACCAACAGACCUCCGGAGAAUAAAACGCAUAUCACAGCACAUAUAGCAAAUUCGCCUGCGUUAGAUCGGUCCGAUGUUAGCAAAGCCAAACAUUUAUCCCUUCCCAACAGCCUUGACAAUUAUUCAUUGUCCAAAAAAGGUGAACAUGACUAUGACAUAUCAUCGUUGAUGAACAGGCUUACAAUGCAAUCCCCUAUGGUUCCAGCAGUGUCGACACCUGAUAAAGAGAGCUUCAUGUCGUUUCCAGAAUCUACCAGGGGUUCUCCUGAAUUAAAUGUGGAAAGUUCUGGAGUCGAGGAGAAGGAUGACCGUGUGCCAGAAUUAGAACAGGAACCCGACAUUGAAGAGUAUAAACGACGAGAGAUAUGGUACAAUGCCGAAUUAGAUUUUGCCAGAAAGUUGGGCUACCUAACCGAUCUAAAUUAUAGCGACGAUGUUGAUUUUGAAGUGAUGAAGACCAAUUUUGGAGAACCGGGAAGCGAAAAAUAUAGAGUAAUGCAAUCGAUUAUCAAGAUGAAACAGGAGUUGGCAAAAGCUAAGGAAAUCAUUGAAUCACAAGCACAAACCGCGUCGGAAAGGGUAACGCUCGCUGAAAAGGAGAAAACUGCCGCGCUCGAAGAGGCUGCCCUUUACAAAAUCAAACUCGAAGAACUCAAGCCUUCGGAACCGGAAAUCAAUUCUCAAGAAUCCGGGAGAGUCGCGAAACUGGAAUCACAGUUGGCCCAAGUUCUCAAAGAGAACAAAUUACUAUCGAAUCAACUACUCAAGUAUUACAAAAAAACCGAAAGAGAAAGAGUCAAGGCACAAUCAUACCAUGAACGAGAAAAUUCGGAGAACGUGCGGACCGAAAUGUCUAAUCGGUCACGAGAACAUGUUUUCCCGGAAUUGGAGAAAUUAAGGACACGCGUGGUGAAUUCUGAGGCCCAACUGAAGGAAAGCAAUCAUCAACUGGCGAAGAUGGAUUCAGAAUUGAAGAUGCACAAGGAAGAGUCGAGAGUACAAAUUUCCCAACUAACAGAAUCCCUCGAAAAGUACUACAUAAUAUUUAACCAAAUUAAUAAUUCAAUUAAUGUCACCAACGAGAGAUCCGACAGGUUGGAAAAAAUAUUAAGAAAAUUAAGAAACGAGAAAAACAAGUAUGAGGCCGAGAUCGCGGAAUUGAAGGUUGAAUUGAACACAAAGCACAAGGAAGUGGUGCAAGUGGAGGAUAAGCUCAAGGAUAUGGAGAAAUUGUUGGAAAAUGUGCAGGAUGAAGGGAGGAUAUUGAGAUUAAUGAUGCAAGAGGGUAUAAAAGAAUUAUUGAAUAUUAAUUUAGAGUGUGGUAAGGGUGGGGAAAAUGUUUGGCAGGCUAUAAAGUUGAGACAGCUCGAAGAAGAGCUGGAGCAAUUGAAAAGUCAGCAAGAUGAAAAUGAUAUUUAG